AUGACGGAUGGGAAAGAAUACAAUAACAUUCUUCUUGGUGGUCGCGGCGGCACGAAAUCUGGGCAACUUAGGGUUAAUCCAGGAGGUAUUGCAUGGAAGAAGCAAGGUGGAGGUAAAUUGAUUGAAUUCCACAAAUCUGACAUUGUAGGUCUGACAUGGAUGAAAAUACCUAGAACAUAUCAGCUAGGUAUUCGAUCAAAGGAUGGUGCGUUCUACAAGUUCACAGGUUUCCGGGAUCAGGAUGUAAGUAACUUAACCACAUAUAUUCAAACCAGUAUUGGAUUAACUCCGGUGGAGAAGCAGCUUUCUGUCAGCGGAAAGAAUUGGGGAGAUAUCGAGUUAGAUGGGAGUAUGCUAACUUUCAAAGUAGGUUCGAAGCAAGGGUUUGAAGUUUCAUUAGCAGAUGUUUCGCUGAUCCAGAUGCAAGGAAAGAAUGAUGUUAUGUUGCAAUUUCAUGAGGAUGAUAAUGUUGUUGCUAAUGAGAAAGAUUCACUGGUUGACAUGAGUUUUCAUAUACCCGAUUCCAAUGUGCAAUAUGUUGGUGAUGAAAAUCGUCCUCCAGCGCAAGUUUUCCGUGACAGAAUCAUGUCAAUGGGGGAUCUUGGACCUGGCGAAGAACCUGUUGUCACGUUUGAGGGGAUUUCUAUUCUUACUCCUAGGGGUCGGUACAAUGUUGAACUGCAUGCUUCGUUUUUACGGCUCCAGGCACAGGCCAACGAUUUUAAGAUUCAGUAUAGCAGUAUUUGGCGUUUGUUUCUUCUACCCAAGUCCAAUCAACCACAUACUUUUGUUGUUGUUACGCUUGACACACCGAUCCGAAAAGGGCAAACCUUGUAUCCGCAUGUUGUGUUGCAGUUGGAAACAGAAUCUGUGGUUGAAAGUACAUUGUCACUGGGCGAGGAUGCUUUGAAGACUAAGUACCAGGGCAAGUUGGAACCAUCGUAUAAGGGUCUCAUUCAUGAAGUUUUCACUAAAAUUUUACGUGGUUUAUCUGGCGGCAGCAUCAAAAUUACUAGGCCGGGGAGUUUCCGCAGUUGUCAAGAUGGAUAUGCUGUCAAGUCAUCCUUGAAAGCUGAAGAUGGUGUGUUGUAUCCUCUUGAAAAGGGUUUCUUCUUUUUACCUAAACCUCCUACCCUCAUUCUCCACGACGAGAUUGAAUUUGUGGAGUUUGAGAUGCAUGCUGCUGCAGGCACAAGUAUGCAAUAUUUUGAUCUUCUUGUCAAAUUGAAAAACGAGCAGGAGCAUCUCUUUUGCAACAUUCAAAGGAAUGAAUAUCAUAACCUCUCUGAGUACAUUACUAGCAAGGGUUUGAAAAUCAUGAAACAGGGGAAUAGCCGAGCUAUGAAAGAUGCUGAGCGGUUUAAGAAUGAAAUUGAUGAGAGUGACGAUGAAACUGAUGAUGAUUUCAAAAUCGAUAGAGAGAGUGAUGGAGGCUCUCCAACUGAUGAUUCUGGAGGAGAGGAAUCUGAUGCAAGUUUAAGUGGAGAUGUGAAACAGAAGCCUGCAAAGAAAGAAUCCAGAAAAGAAGCUUCGACUUCCAAACCAGCCUCAAGUAAGAGGAAAUCUACAAAAGAUGGAGUUGAAGAUGGUGGGAGAAAGAAGAAAGCAAAGAAAAAAAGGGAUCCAAAUGCACCAAAGAAGGCUACGUCCAGUUUCAUGUUUUUCUCGAAUGCUGAGAGAGAAAACAUAAAGAAAAGUAACCCUGGGAUAUCAUUUACUGAUAUCGCAAGAACACUUGGAGAGCAUUGGAAGAAAAUGACGGCUGAGGAGAAAGAACCGUAUGAAGCAAUGGCUGCGGCUGAUCGGGAACGUUACCAGAAAGCCAUGGCUGCAUAUAAAGGUGAUGUGCCAGCAUCAAUUGUUGGUUCUGAUAGUGAGUAGAGUGUUUUUUUCCCUCUUAGCUAGUUCGAUAACAAGCCAGGACAACAGUUCGGAGUGGAUAUUA